AGACCGUCACGACGCGCGUCUUUUCGAUUCUCGUUGCAGCUGCGAGACAACUGCAAAUGUGGGAGCUGCCUGCACCCCGAGACGCGUCAGAAGCUGCUGGACACGGGCUCGCUGGACGUGAACAUCCGACCCAGCGCCAUGCAGGUGAACGAGGAGGGGAGGCUGGAGGUCCUCUGGCCCGACGGCCACCGCAGCGUCUUCGAUGCAAGCUGGUUGUACCGCUACGGACAGAGCUUCAUGCACGACACGUUCGAGGGCCAGCUGGACGUGGAGACCGGCGGCCUCCGACCUCCCGUGGAGACCUGGGACCGGACGAGGAUCUGGAAGCAUUUCCCCGAGAUCGCCUACGAGGAGUUCCAGUCCAGCGAGGAGGGGCUCAAGCGGUGGCUCGAGCUCGUCUACAAGUACGGAUUCGCAGUGAUUCGGGGCGUCCCGACCGAGAAGGAGAAGGUCGUGGAGGUGGUGCACCGGUUCGCGUACGUGAAAGAGACGUCGUACGGGGUGACGUUCGACGUGGUGAGCGAACCGGAGCCGGAUCACCUCGCGUUCACCGGUCGCUAUCUGGAACACCACACGGACAUGAACUACCGCGAGAAAAGCCCCGGACUCCAACUGCUGCACUGCAUCCAGGCGAAGUCGUCGGGUGCGGACGAGAGCAUGGGAAAGUCCUUCUUCGUGGAUGGCUUCUACGUGGCGCAGUGGCUGGAGGAACACGAGCCCACCGCUUUCCACAUCCUUUCCUCCACGCCGAUUCGAUUCCAGAUCAAGUCCGGCGGGAAGCGGUAUUCAAAUUUAUGGCCGGUGAUCCUAUUGGACAACCAAGGGAACGUGAGCGAGAUCCAUUACAAUAAUCGGACCAUGGGUCCCCUCCAGGCACCAGGACACAUCAUCAUUCCCUUCUAUCAUGCCCUCAAGCUGUUCGUCAGCAAGCUGCGAGACCAGCAGACUGAGCUGGUGUUCCAGAUGCUCCCCGGGGACCUGGUGGCUUUCAACAACCGUCGCGUCCUUCAUGGCCGUACCAGCUUUGACCCGACUAAGGUCACCAGGCACCUUGUGGGCUGCUAUGUGGACAUCGAUGAAGCUUUCUCCGUCUACGAUUCCCUCCUUGCUAAAGGCGUCUAAAGGGUGUUCUUUUUCCAUGAUAUAUUCCCAUUCCUUUCACAUGUUUACUUUCUCAUUCUCCAUUUAUUUCUGUCACAUCAUCUAUGAAGAUAUUAUUCAAGUCAAACCACUCUCUGAUAUUUGGAGAGUUAUAUAUCUCAUGAAUAAAGCUGUCAUUUUCCCCUCUGCA